GAGAAAAUCAAUAUCCUUUCUCUCUCUCUCCUCUCUCUCUCUGUCACAUCCAAGAAUCGCAAAUCAGCAGUUACAGUACAAAAACCCGUCAUCUAAUCUUCCAUAUCCUCCUAAAAUCGUUCGAACCCAGUGAGCGAAAAUGAGUGUUGUUGAAUACCCAGACGCCAUUAACGCACCAGACCUUCAGGUUUGGAACAACGCCGCCUUCGACAACGAAGACUCCGAAAGCGGCUCCUCCGUCGUAAAAGCUUCCUGGUCCGAGCUACUGCAACCCCUUUCGCUGAUUCGUUCUUCCGAGUCGUUUGAUUCGGGUUGCAGCAAAGAGAACCUGAGCCCAGAGAUUCUGAAAACCCCUGUCUGUGUCAAAUCUUUGGUGCCCUUCAAGCCGCUGGACACAAAUACGAAUCUUGAGCCCAUCUCGGUGGUCGCGAAGAAGAAGGGUAUUGGGGAGGUUGAAGAAAGAGAAGAGAAAGUUCGAGAUGAGGGAAAGAUCGAUGCUGAAAUUGAAGCGAUUGAGAAGGAGAUUAGUCGAUUGAAUUCGAGACUCGAAGCGCUUAAACUCGAAAAGGCUGGGAGAAACGAGAAGGCGGUAGAGAAGCGCGGAAGGGUUGUGGCGGCGAAGUUCAUGGAGCCGAAACAGAGUGUGAAGAAUUUGGACGGGUUGAAAAAGAUUGAGUCUUUGAUGAUGAGUGUGAGGCCAAAGGUUAAUCGGAGAGGAAUGAGUUUGGGGCCCUCUGAGAUUAUAGCUGGAGCAGAAUUUCGGAGGCCGAGUAAGCUCGAGAUCACCCCUGUUCAGGAAACCCAGAGUCGCCGGAAAUCUUGCUUUUGGAAGCUUCAGGACAUUGAUAAAUUGAGGGCUACAAAAGAGCGGGGCAAGAGUUUGAGUUUGAGCCCGAAAUCACGGAAAACUGUGUCCAAGGCUCAAGCUCCUAAACAGGCAGCGACUACUGUUGGAGGGUCUAAGAGACCUGUGAAGAAGGAAGACAAGGUUCUUGCAUCAAUUGAACCCAAGAAGCUUUUUAAAGACGGAGCCGAGAAGUCUGCGCCCGCCAAGAAAACACCAUUCAAGCCUGGGAGGGUUGUGCCUAGCAGGUACAAUCAGAUAGGGAAUUCGGCAGUGAGUGAUGGCCGGAAGCGGUCUUGGCCCGAGGAUGACAAGGAUGACAGCAAGCGGUGUGACAAGAGGCGGGUAUCCUUGGCAGGGAAGCCGCGUGGCAUUGGCCGUGAAAUGUCCAGGAGUCAAGGACCGGAGUGCCGGGUGAAGAAGAGGUGGGAGAUUCCAAGUGAGGUAGUGGUGUACCAAGGUGUGGCGGAGGAUGGUAAGUCACCUUCAGUUGUUGCUGAGAUAGGAGAUGUCCUUCCAAAAAUUAAGACUGUCCGAUGUGGUAUUGAUACUCCGAGGGGUUCGGGGCCAGCCAAAAGGGUUGCUGAAUUGGUUGGGAUGAAAUCCUACUUUAGCACCAAUGGGGAGGUUUGCCAGGGAUUGAAUUUUGCAGAAGCGGAUGCUGAGGAAGAAUAAGUGAAAUCGCCGAGGAACUUCACGUCCACUGAAAUUUUUAAUUUUUGUUCUGAAAUUUAGCUUGAUUUUCGAUUAGCCAUAACUCUUGUUAUGGAGUAACUAUGCAUUUUGUAUUGAUUAAUCGGGUUUGUAAGUCUGGUUUCUCUGCUAUGCAAUAAUGGAUGAAGCUACUUUUCUUGCUUCCUAGCAAGAUGAGUUUGUUUCAGCCUUUACAAUCUGA